AUGGGUUUUUGGGGCAAAUAUCGCGAUUUGGGAGUGAAAUAUCGCGAUUUUGGUGCUCGAUAUCGCGAUACUGACUAUGCCCCGCCCCCCAGCUCGGCCCCGCCCCCCUCUGGCCACACCCCGUGCCGGCCUCGCUCUCACGUGGUUUUCCUCAAGACGCACAAGACGGGCGGCUCCAGCGUGGUGAACGUUCUAUCGCGAUACGGGGAAUCGCGACAGCUGCGCUUCGCCCUCCCCCACCGUUACCAGUUCGGUUACCCCUCCCCCUUCCGCGCCGAGCGCGUGCGCGGCUUCCGGCCCGGCCGCACCUUCGACAUCAUCUGCCACCACAUGCGCUUCAACCUCUCCGAGGUCCAGCGCGUGAUGCCCAACGACAGCUUCUACUUCUCGAUCGUGCGGGACCCGGGCACUUUGGGCGAAUCCUCCUUCUCGUAUUUCCGCGCUGCCGCUCCCGCGUUCCGGAACUCUCCAUCGCUGGACGCGUUCCUCUCCUCCCCGUGGCGCUUUUUCCGCCCGGGAAUCCGCGGAAAUCACUACGCGCGAAACCUCCAAUGGUUCGAUUUCGGCCUCCCGGAUCCCGUGGAACCCCAAAAAAUCCCGGGAAUUUUACAAAAUUUGGAGAGGAUUUUCCCGCUGGUUCUGCUGGCGGAAAAUUUUGACGAAUCUUUGGUUUUGUUGCGGCACGAACUUUGCUGGCCGCGUUUUUCCGUGGAUUCCUUCGCUCACAAUUCCCGGGAUCGCGGCCGUUCCCGAAUUUCCGCGGAGCAAACGCGGCGUCUGCGCGCUUGGAAUUCCCUGGAUUGGGCGCUUUAUUCGCAUUUUAACCGCUCGUUUUGGGUGAAAGCGGAGAAAUUCGGGAUCGCGCGGCUGCGGAAAGAGGCGGAGGAGCUGCGGGAGCGGCGGCGGGUCCUGGCAGGGAAGUGUUUAAAGGGAGGGGGUCCCGUCCCCCCCAAAUCCAUCGCGGCCGCGGAGCUGCGGCCGUUCCAGCCCCCGGGAGGGGGGAGGAUUUUGGGCUUCGCGCUCCGGGAGGGGCUGCAGGGGGAGGAGAGGGAGCGCUGCGGGAGGAUGGCGAUGCCCGAGCUGCCCUACAAGGACCUGCUGGAGCGGGCGCAGUUCGGGGGCAACGGGAGUGGAAGUGUCGGGGGGUGA